CGAGUGGACGGCGGAGACCAGCAUGGUGGAUAACAGCCACGAAGACGUGACGUAUACACUCCAGAAGAGCUCGUAUAGUGCAGCAUGGCGUGUAGCAUGGCAUAGUUAAAGUGGGAGAAACUGUGUAUGACCGGCCUCACCGUAAGCCAGUCCCGUGUGAACGACCGUGAAGCGAACCUCAAGCGAAACUCGAUCGAGCCGUUGAAGGUUUUCAGUUCUCCUCUUCUUGGUGUCCCUUCUUCGUUUGCUUCUGGCUGGCCACGGUUCGAUCCGGCCGGCUCGUUCGAGCAGCACGAGGCCCAUUGUCAAGGGGAACCACGGACGCAACACGAAUUCGGCCGUGAUCCCGGCCGAUUAGAAAGUCGGAUUGUCCUGCUGGCUGGGCUCUAACGGGCGGCCGACUACGUUGUUAAUAGUGCGCGAAACGAAGAAACAUCGCGGUGUGAUUCUGUGACAGAGGGGUGAAGUGGCUCUCGGAUAAUGGAGAGCGAGUGCUCGACGAUCGGCAAAGGUCUUUCGAUCGCGGAGCGGUUCGUGGGCGGAUAAGCCGCGCGGCAGCGUGUUCGAAAUUUCGUCACCGCGGAGUGAAACUCUUUUCUAAUAAGGACACAGGUGGAGGGCCCGCAUCGUCGCGGUGAAACGACGCCCGUCGUCCCGUCGUCCGACGACAGAGCCGGAGAAACGGAUCCGAGGCGGAAGAGCAGAAUAAUCGAGGGAUUAGGGGGAGCGCCGUGGAAGUCGAUCGUGGAGCCGGCGAGGAAACCGGUGGGACACCUUCGGAACCGAAAAGCUGACGCGUACACACCGGACCUAACCGCGGCCAAGUAGGUCAGCCGGCGUGCGCGAGAGUGCGAGACCGAAUCGACGAGAAGAAAAAAGGCACGUCGGCAGGGAAGGACGCGGGGAGGAAAGGGGCUCCGAAGAAGAAUGGCGAGUAGCCGGGGGCAUCAAAGUAUCCACGAUGCUCGUCGUUUUUGCUCGGCAUAGGCUCGCGAACCAAAAUGGCGGCGAUCGGUUGGUACCGUGGCACGUUUCACGACGAUAAAGACUGGUCCAGCCAUCGGCGUUCCUGAGGAGAGACCCUUGAUACCAGUGUCCUUGACAUCAGCCGCGGCCUUGAUCGACAGGAGCCACCGAGGCCCAACGCUCGAACGCAACAAGCCUGGGAGAGAGGAUGUCGGGACGCUCGAGGCUCAGGGUCCUGGGGACCUUGUUCCUCCUGGCAGUCGCAGGUGUGUCGGCCAUCCAAAACGAUCGAACGUUUUCUCGAUCCACCGCCGAAGACAUAAUCCUAAGUGCGAGCGGGUACACAGGACCCGAAAGGACGUCGAGCGUGUUUCAUCGCGAUGGAUCGCCGACUUUCCACAGGACCGUUCCUGCUUUUCAAUUAGAAAGCUCGAAGAGCGUCUCGGGCUUCGACAAGAGCGACGCCAGGUUCGAGGACAACAGGCACCAGGAGGCGAUCGACGAGCUGACGUCCUCGAAACACGUCGAUCACAUCGACGGGAACAAUAUAGAGGUCAAGCCCGGGGAAUAUUAUCGAAUAGCGCCGACGACGAGCGAGUCCGUGUCGGGGGAAGGACAAGGGGCUCCGCAGGGACCAAAACUCUUGACGGAGCCCCAUCAGCUGGUUGGAGCGUCGCCCCAACGGGCACAGUACCUGCAGGCGAUCGAUCAACAAAGACAAGCUCGACAAGAGAUCCCGAGGAUCUUUAGCGAGCAUGCCCCGCCGCCGAUCCUGCAGACUGCAACUCCAGGUCAGCGGCAGGCGAACCCUGAUAUCCAGGACAUCAUUACCGGGAUCGUCAAGCUUCUAAACGGCAACGUGAACGUCGCCGCUAACACUGUCAGACCUCUGCGACCGAUCCAAGCUACUAGGAUCAACAACAGAGGACCACCAAGGAUAUCCGACGUUCCACCUCUGCCACCGGAUUUCGACACUCCCGGAAUGAAUCCACCGCCUCCUCCACCCGACCACCCUUACCCCUUUGAGAAACCACCAGCUCCGGAGAGACCUUUGGUCAACCAGCUGCCACCAGAAAGACCUGUCAGACCCUUUGUCAACGGAGUCCCGCUGCCAGAGCAGAUCGUGCCGCAAGGAAACCGUCCGUGGAACUGGAAUCGACCUGGAGGUAACAGGCGACCGGUUCCACCCUACAAGCCUCUGCCACCGUCCUUGGACUCCACGUUCCAUCGGGAGAAGGACCCGGACGACAAGUACCCCGACAAAUCUCAAUCGAACCUUCAUCGCGACGAGCUGGCAGAGUCUUCUACCAAGAAGGAAGAGAACGAUCGCAACGAGGCUACUACGAAUAGUCUGGAGGACACGACGAAGGUCCACGAAGAGACUAACCAAGACGACAAGGGGAGUACUUCGGCGCAGGAUCCCUUGAAGAAUCACCAAAUGCCAGCCAAGGACAACAGGAUAAGCAACGAGAAGACAUCGACGACUGGCUCGGAGUCUAGUCAAUCCAACCAGGUGUCUGACGGGAAGCACGAAGAGGCCCCGAAACCUGUGAUACCCUUGGAGAUCAAGCCGACGAAGUCGUCGAAGAUCGGCAACCAACAGCAGACCAACGGGAACCACGAGAACGAGAAGGGAACGGUCGCCAAAACGCCGAUUAAACCGUUCGCGACGCUGAACAUCGAGACCAGCUCGUCGGUUCAGGUGAUCGAAACUACGACAACCAAGGCUGUUGUUCAAACCGCAGGAUCUGCCAGCAACAGCUCCAGCAAUCUCGCCAGCACGCCGAGCACCAUAGCUCUGGAGCCGAGCAAAUCGUUCCAUUUAGAAAGUUCCGCGAGUUCGUCGAGCGUUUCAACGGAGAUUCUGCCAUCGACUUUCACGAAGACUGCGACGACCACAGAGAAGACUAUAGCCCACACGCCUGUAGCGAACACGUUCACCAAAAAUCCAGCCCCCACGGAUCGCUAUGCCUACCGACCCCGACCUGGAAUUGUUCUCGACGACACCUUGGAUUACACAGGACCCCAAGGACUGGCCACCCAGCGACCCUACCCUCCCCCGAGACAUCCGCCUAUCGGUGAUAUUUUUGAUGUCACGGUCUCGGCUAUCCAAGGCCCCGGCGGUGGAGGCUCCGGCGAGGGUGUCCGCGUGCCGAUAAACGGCGGCAGCGCCGACGUGAUUCUGACGUCCGCGGUCGAAGGCCAGGGAUUCGUCAGCAUCGACGGCAAGAGGACCUACUUGAACCUGUUCGAGAACUCGGACAGGACCGCGACGCAGGUGCAGCCGCAGCCGCAGCCUACCAGGACCCAGGCGCCUGCAGUUGUUGGCACAGGAUUCGCAGUGCCUCAGCCAGACCCACCGACUGCUAGCCCGAGGCCUACAGGCCCAAUUAGAAGACUGACCUUCCAUAGAAGGCCCACGCAACCUCCGGUCAGAAUCGACACCUGCAUUGUAGGAGAUACGAGCACUUGCGAUGUCAGCCAGCACGAGGCCUGUGCCACGGUCCAAGGAGUGUCAGCCUGCCACUGCAAGCCCGGAUACGCCAGGCUGCAGCACUCUCUGCCUUGCAAGAGGAUCAUCAGCAUCGUGGUGUCCAUGCGGGUGGACAAGAUCUACGACAGGAAGGUCGUCUGGGAUCGAGGCUUCACCGACAAGGACUCCGAGCCCUACCAAACCCUGGCCUACGAAGCGAACAGAGCUAUCGAGUCUGCGAUGUCGAUGACGCCGUUUUCGGACGAGUACAUGGGCUCCUCGGUGAACGGCGUGUACCAAGGCAACGUGAGCCAGGGGCAAGGAGGCGUCUUCGUAAAUGCAACUUUGAAACUCACUUACGAGCCGAGAACAAUUAGGCCAAGCCUGGCAGGGGAGCUGCAGAGGCAUCUGCUCGGCGUUAUUCACCGGAGGAGCAACAAUAUCGGGAACAGCGCUCUUUACGUAGACAGCCCGCUCGGAUCUAUAUCGAACCUGCAAGACCUCGACGAGUGCGCCUCGUCGGAGUUAAACGACUGCCACUCGUCGGCGACCUGCACGAACAACUGGGGCGGUUUCACCUGCGCCUGCAACCCGGGACUGAAGGAUCCCCACAAGGACGACGCGAACGAGUCCGGGAGAACGUGCAUCUCCUGCCUAUCGACAUACUGCAACAAUCGCGGCACGUGCUCCUACCAGGGCGACCAUAUGCAGUGCACAUGCACCGGCAAUUAUUACGGGGCGCAAUGCGAGGUCGACGGAGAGGUUCUGGGGGUCGCUAUAGGAGCGUCGGUAGCAGCUUUAAUAAUUAUAGUUUUAACGCUAGUGUGUCUGGUCAUGUGGAGUCGAAGGUGGUCGAGGGAGCAGAAAUCGGUCGGAUCGCCGGUUUAUGGCUAUAUCCAGGGCGGCAUUCCCGGCACCCUGCCUGGGACUCUAGCCAGGGUGGGGUCCGUGGGGACUCUGGCCUCCGUUAAACAAGGACCACCUGCCAAUUUGCCACCCUACAUGUGGGCGCACUUCGGAGACCACAUGGCGACAGCAAACGUCUACGCGACGGAGCCCAUGGGCCCCACCAGGCCCAGUUCGGCGGUGUUCGGCUAUCCUCCCAUCAACGUCCACGGAACGCUACCACCUGUGCCGCUGCCGAGACUUCAGGCACCUUUGAGAUCGAGGCAAAGACACCAGCCGGACCCGGACAGCUCUGAUUCGGAGCCUCAGGACAAGGACAGGGCCGAUCUGAUCCCUCAAAGCAGCGGAUUCCACGUGCCCAGGCCGAAGUCCAGGUCCUCCUUAGCCAAUCAAAGCGGAAUCUACAACGACGUGGAGUACGACCAGGGUGACGUGCACCAUUUAUCGAAAAACAAUAUCCCGAUGUCCACUUACAGGCCGUACUAUCGAACGUGAGAGAACCGGGGCGAAACUAAUUUAGUUGUAAAUCGUGACUUGUACCAGUUUACUCGAACGAGAAGAACCGGCGAACUCGCUCCGAUCGGACAGUUCGCCGGACGGUUCUGUGUUCUGUUAAUAGCGACCAGCGUUAAGUCAUUCUCGGCGUUACUUAACUACUAGCGAUUUAAUUGUUAUCAUUAUUAUAGAUAUUUAUUAUUCAUGUGGCACUGUCGAGGUACGAGAGAAACGUCCCAAAAAAAUGCUGUUAAGUUAUCGAACGAAAGGGUGCAUAUACAGACGUACUAGUAUUAAACGAUGGCUCCUUCUGAUUACUACCUAGGCUAACGCUCGUGUUGCAGAGAAUUAUUUAUGUAUACGAUCGCCGGCUAGCCGUCGCCGUUCUCCUCGACUGUCGAUCCCUGCUAGCCGUGCUGCGUGAACUUUCGGAAUUUCACCGACCCGGGGAUCCUUGCCGCGUGGAGGAUCGGAGGACAGUGUGUGUGCGACAGAAAAAAGCGUAUCGUAAUUCACCAUGUAACUUCUGUAAUUGUACAUUAUAUAUAUUUUUGCAAAUUGAAUACAAUAUACAUUUGAAAAUUCA